CCUCACACCCACCCUUGUCUUAGCAAAGGUGUUGUUCUUUUCCUUUUAACUCAAAGCCUUCAGGUGAAAAUAAAGCAGCAGCAGCAACAGAAAAAAAAAUCUAGUCUUUUUUAGGGUUAACAUCAGAAGCGAAGCUGUGCUGCUUUGGCCAAUCAGAUGCGCCCCUGCCAGCUAUAAUAUAGUACUGAAGACAGCCUCUCGCACAGCUCUCCAGGCUUGCUACCAUUUAAAAUCAGACUCUUUUUGUCUUUUGAUUGCUGUCUCCCGCCCCAACUCAGAUGUGCUCCGUUAUCAGCGACCAGCAGCCUGCCGCUCCAGCCCCCGUCUGGGUGGGGAUCGGCAGAGAGUCCCCGGCACGGGUGGCGGGCAGGGUGCUAUAGAAAGAGAAAGAGCGAGGCAGAGAGCGAGCAAGGGAGCCAGCAGCGAGCCCAGCGAGGAAGGGAGGGCGCACAGGCACACACACUCGCGCACUCGCGCACACAGACCUGCACGGGGACGGCUUGGAAGUCACUGGGUUCCAUGGACGAGAUGCUGCUGCUGGCGAGAUGUCUGCUGGUGCUGCUGGUCUCCUCGCUGCUGAUGUGCUCCGGGCUGGCGUGCGGACCGGGCAGGGGGUUUGGGAAGAGGCGGCACCCCAAAAAGCUGACCCCUUUAGCCUACAAGCAGUUCAUCCCCAACGUGGCCGAGAAGACCCUGGGGGCCAGUGGAAGAUACGAGGGGAAGAUCUCGAGAAACUCAGAGCGAUUUAAGGAACUCACCCCCAACUACAACCCCGACAUCAUAUUUAAGGACGAGGAGAACACGGGAGCCGACCGCCUGAUGACUCAGAGGUGUAAAGACAAGUUAAAUGCUUUGGCCAUCUCAGUGAUGAACCAGUGGCCAGGAGUGAAGCUUCGGGUGACCGAGGGCUGGGACGAGGACGGCCACCACUCUGAAGAGUCACUGCACUACGAGGGCCGCGCCGUGGACAUCACCACGUCCGACCGGGACCGCAGCAAGUACGGCAUGCUGGCGCGCCUGGCCGUGGAGGCGGGCUUCGACUGGGUGUACUACGAAUCCAAAGCACACAUCCACUGCUCUGUGAAAGCAGAGAACUCGGUGGCGGCCAAAUCCGGCGGCUGCUUCCCGGGCACCGCCACUGUGCACCUCGAGCAGGGCGGCACCAAGCUGGUGAAGGACCUGCGUCCCGGGGACCGCGUGCUGGCGGCCGACGACCGGGGCCAGCUGCUCUACAGCGACUUCCUCACUUUCCUGGACCGCGACGACGGCGCCAAGAAAGUUUUCUACGUGAUCGAGACGCGGGAGCCACGCGAGCGCCUGCUGCUCACCGCUGCGCACCUGCUCUUUGUCGCGCCGCACAACGACUCGGGCGCAGGUCGGCCGCCGGGGGGCGCGCCGGGGCGCCGGGCGCUCUUCGCCAGCCGCGUGCGGCCGGGCCAGCGCGUGUACGUGGUGGCGGAGCGCGGCGGGGACCGCCGGCUCCUGCCCGCCGCCGUGCACAGCGUGACCCUACGCGAGGAGGCCACGGGCGCCUACGCGCCGCUCACGGCGCAGGGCACGAUCCUCAUCAACCGGGUGCUGGCGUCGUGCUACGCGGUCAUCGAGGAGCACAACUGGGCGCACAGGGCCUUCGCGCCCUUCCGCCUGGCGCACGCGCUGCUGGCCGCGCUGGCGCCCGUGCGCACGCUCCGUGGCGGCGACGGCGACGGCGGGGGCGGCGGCCGCGUCCCCCAGCCCGAGCCGGGGGCGCCAGGGGCCGCGCACGCGCGGGGGGCUGCGGGCAUCCACUGGUACUCGCGGCUGCUCUACCAAAUAGGCACCUGGCUGCUGGACAGCGAGGCCCUGCACCCGCUGGGCAUGGCGGUCAAGUCCAGCUGAAGG